AUGGAUCAAGAAAAUGGUAAUAAUGAGUUGGCCUAUCAUCUGGCUGAAACACAAGAUGAAUUAGGCAGACACCUGAUGGCCUCUAGAGAUUUAAACCCAGGGGAUAUAGUUCUGACUGAAAGACCUCUGGUCUUUGGACCCAAAGCCAUGUUGGAUCCUGAUGCCAUAAUGCCUUGUGUUGGCUGCUACAAACCAGUCUUGACUGAGACAGGAGAAAGAUGUACUAAAUGCGGUUGGCCAGUCUGUUCCGGCAACUGUCCCGGCUUACAAGAUCCUAGGCAUCAUGCAGCAGAGUGCGAGAUUCUAAGUCUAAGACCAGAAUGUGUUCUUACAAAUAUGUCUGAAUACUACAGGCACGAUGCCUUAAUGCCUCUGAGAUGUGCACUACUUCAGAAGUCAGAUCCUGAAGGUUUUGCGAAGUUAUUGGACUUACAGUCCCACAUGGAAUGUCGAGCGCCCGGCAGUGAAGCUUAUGAGUACGUACUGAAGAAUUUGCAUAAACAAAAUUCCAGUGAGGCCGAUGAAUUCAUCGUCGAAUAUCUAAUUAACAACUUCAUAAACAAGAUGGAUGAAAAACUUAAAAAGUCUUACGAUAUAAAUUCUGAAUUACUUCAUAGAAUUUGCGGUAUUAUCGACACAAACGCUUUGGAGAUUCGCUUACCACAAGGAACUGAACUCAGUGCGUUAUAUGCCAUUACUUGUAAAAUGGAACAUAGCUGUGUACCAAACACAAAGCACACAUCUUUUGCUUUUGCCCCAAAAGACAAGAAUGAUUUGUAUGAAAUAACAAUAAAAGCUGUAGUUCCUAUACUGAAAAAUGAACACAUAGCGACAAUGUAUAGUCAUGCGUUAUGGGGUACUCAAGCAAGGAGACAGCACUUGAAAGAUUCAAAAUACUUUGCAUGUAAAUGUUCAAGAUGCAGAGAUCCUACAGAACUUGGUACGUAUCUAAGUGCUAUGAAAUGCUUAGGUGAUGAUAAUAAACCCUGUGAUGGAAUACACCUACCAGAAGAUCCUUUAGAUGACGAAACAGAUUGGGUUUGCAACAAAUGUGCUAUCAAAGUGAGGAAUUCUCAAGUAAACAUGGUGAUGUCACAAAUGGGUGAAGAUGUGGAAACAGUUCUGAUGAUGGAUGGCUCAAUAACAUUGCUAGAGAAGCUUCUAUGGAGAUUUUCGACGUUCCUACAUCCAAAUCAUUACUACAUGUACUCCUUGAAACAUUCGUUAGUACAGUUGUAUGGAAGGGAGCAAGGGUAUAUGUCGCUAGAUAUCUUGGAGAAGAAAAUAAAAAUGUGCAAGGAGCUCAUAGCAAUAACAAAGGCCUUAGACCCAGGUAAUGCAAGACUUAGUAUAUACAACAGUGUAUUGCAACAUGAAUUGUUUUCAGCUUUAGUUCUGAAAUCUAAAGAUAGAAGUAUUAAGAAAGUGGAUGAAAUCAAAUCGUUGUUAGUUGAAGCUAAAUUAGCUAUUGAAGAUGCCUUAAUAUCACUCAAAGAUGAUUUGGAAGAAGUUUCAGGGAAGAAGCUGCAAUCUGUCAUUGAAGAUAGUAAGAAAGAUUUUGAAAAUUUAUGUAAACAAAAGAAAUUGUCGAUUUAA